GGAGAGAUGGCUGAGUGGACUAAAGCGUCGGAUUGCUAAUCCGUUGUACGAGUUAUUCGUACCGAGGGUUCGAAUCCCUCUCUUUCCG